AUGCUUCUUCGGUGUCCUUUUAUCACAUCCUGUGGUGACCGGCGUUAUUUAAUAUCUGGCUUAGAUUCUAAAACUCAUCAUACAGCAACCUUAGAAAUUCAAGGUUUAGGCGUUGCGAUGAAGAGUUUUAAGAGUGGAAAUGGAGCUUCAUCUGUUCAGCUCAAGAACCACAUCACGUGUUGCCGAUCAUCCAAAGAGGAUUCAUCUAGUUCAGUCAGACAGGACGAGAUAUCUGUACAUGGAGUGUCUAACAAAGUUGUUGGUGUCUUGGGAGGAGGGCAAUUGGGUCAGAUGUUAUGUCAGGCAGCUUCACAGAUGGGUAUCAAAGUAAUAGUUUUGGAUCCGCUCGAGAACUGUCCAGCAAGUGCUCUUGCAUACGGCCAUGUAAUUGGUAGAUUUGAUGAUAGUGCUGCAGUUGAAGAAUUUGCAAAGAGGUGCGGAGUAUUGACUUUUGAAAUUGAACAUGUUGAUGUUGCUGCGCUAGGAAAGCUUGAGCAACAAGGGGUAGAUUGCCAGCCUAAAGCCUCAGCAAUUCGAAUAAUUCAAGAUAAAUACCUUCAGAAAAUACACUUUUCUCAGCACGGGAUUCCAAUGCCUGAAUUUAGGGAGAUAAAUGACGAAGAAAGUGCAAGGGAAGCUGGGGACUCAUUUGGGUAUCCUCUUAUGAUCAAGAGCAAAAGGUUAGCCUAUGAUGGCCGUGGAAAUGCUGUUGCUCAUACCAAAGAGGAUCUUUCUUCUUGUGUAGCUGCUCUUGGAGGAUAUGGUCACGGUUUAUAUGUCGAGAAGUGGGCGCCAUUCGUGGCGGAGCUGGCUGUCAUUGUUGCAAGGGGAAAGGAUGGUUCCCUUUCAUGCUAUCCUGUGGUUGAAACCAUUCACAAGGAUAACAUUUGUCACAUAGUCAAAGCACCUGCAGAAAUACCAUGGAAGAUCAAGGAACUUGCUACUGAUGUUGCGCAAAGAGCUGUCAGGUCAUUAGAUGGAGCUGGUGUCUUUGCGGUCGAGUUGUUUCUGACCAAAGAUGAGCAGAUUUUGCUCAACGAAGUUGCUCCCAGACCUCACAAUAGUGGGCAUCAAACAAUAGAAUCUUGCUAUACUUCACAGUACGAGUAG